AUGAUUUAUGCCAACACUACCGACAGAAAAAACACACCUACGGCUGUACGCAGCCUCCAGGCUUUGCUCUACGAAAACAAACCAGGCUCUAAAUCUUGUCCACCCGAUACGGUGCCACCGUCUAAAACCCAACCCCAGCCCAGGGUGUGGGGGCACGGCGCCCCACACAGCUCCGUUCCACUCUUACCUUCCUCGAGGGAAAGCAGAGCAGGGACUGCCGGCACACUGCGCGGGGCUCCAAGCACCAAACGGACACGCACAGAACUGCAGCGUGCCUGGAGACGAACCGUGCAGACGCUGCCAUGUUAUCGGUGCAUCAGCGUGCACAGGGUCUGUGCCCGCUUUGGGCAGCAGACGGAAAAAAAGCCGAAAGCCUCACGAACGAGCGUCCCCCGGCCUUUAACGCGGAGCAGACAGACCCGCGUGGCACGCAGCUGCAUAUCCACCUAUCCCCACAUGAGAAACCAAUUCCAGUGUGGGACCCACAUUGCAAGUGGCUUGCACAAUCCAUCUAUUCUUAUCGGAGGAAACUUCAGCAAGAUGAGUUGCAGAAGUAACAACUAUCUGCAGAAGCAACAAAUAACUCUAAGCAGUAAAGAUUUUUGCCUUUAAUU